AUGUAGAUGGACACAUCUUCCCUCUUGGACAAAUCUGGAAGGAAGUUUCUUUGAAGGAGAAGGCCCAGAGUGCCAUGACAGCCCAGGUAUGCAUCUGCAUCUGGUUGGUCUGGGCCUCAGUGUUGGACCUCAUUCAUGGACAAGGACCCAGCCUAGGGACUAGUCGACUGAGGCUGACUGUGCUGUCUGAAGACCGACUCCAGAUGAAGUGGAAGGAAUCAGAAGGAAAUACCAAUGGCUACAAAGUUCAAGUAAAGCCCAUGGCAGGGGACUCAGAACAGGAAGUAAUGCUGACUACCAAGACACCUAAAGUCACUGUGGUUGGACUGAGCCCCACCAAAGAAUACACACUCCAAAUAUUUGCACUUGGUGGCUCCCGUGACACCCUGCUGGCCAGGCGGAGGUUUGUGAUUGAGGAUUUGAAGAGCAUGGGCAGGAAUAACCGGAAGCCAUCAGGGGAAACCCUGGAGCUCAUUCCCCCUUCAGUGGGAAAUCAUGAAUUUGAGCAGAUUCCUGAGCUUGAAACAACUUCACCUACUUGGAAUGGAGUCUCUCCCACUUUAGGUCCUCAGUUCCAUUGCGAUACCUCCAUUCCUGUGGAUAUAGUAUUCCUGGUGGAUGGGUCAUGGAGUAUUGGGCGAAGUAACUUCAGGCUCAUCAGAGAAUUCCUGGCCAACAUCAUUGCUCCUUUUCAUAUUGCCCAAGAUAAAGUACGAAUUGGUUUGUCCCAAUACAGUGGAGAUCCUCGAACUGAAUGGGACCUAAAUUCAUUCAGCACCAAGGAUGAAGUUCUAGAGGCUGUGCGAAAUCUCCGUUACAAGGGUGGUAACACUUUCACAGGUCUUGCACUGACUCAUGUACUACAGCAGAACCUGAAGCUUGAAGCUGGGUCACGAUCUGAGGCAGUUAAAGUGGUGAUUCUUCUGACUGAUGGCAAGUCCCAGGAUGAUGCCCAACUGGCUGCUCAAGUUCUCAAAGACCUAGGCAUGGACAUCUUUGCCAUUGGAGUGAAGAAUGCUGAUGAGUCUGAGCUCAUGGACCUGGCCUCCCUACCCCUGGAUGUCACAGUUCACAAUGUCCAGGAUUUCCCUCUCCUUGGCAACCUGACCAACAGACUCAUCCGACUCCUUUGCUGGAAGAUCCAAGAGAGAAGUAGGCGCAGGGACCUAGGUGUCCCGGCUAAUAGAUGGCUCCACCCAAGCCCUACGAAUUUGAUUGUAUCGGAGGUGACAGCCACAGGGCUCCGCCUGGCCUGGACCCCUCCUCUGGAGCCUGCCAGGAAGUACAGGAUCGUGUAUCAUCCCUCCAGAGGUGGCACACCCAGGGAGGUCACAGUGGAAGGGGCUACCUCAUCUGCCCAGCUGCUGGAUUUGACUUCCAACACAGAGUACUUGGUUACAGUGUUUCCUGUGUAUAAGAAUGGUGUUGGAGAGGGGCUCCGGGACAUUGUGACUACAUUACCAUUGUCUCCACCAAGCUCACUGACCAUUUCCAGCGUAACCCACAGUAGUAUCCACUUGACCUGGCAGCCCACAAAUAAAGCUACCCACUACUUGGUCCACUGCACUUCAUCAGCUUCCCCUAGAGAGCAGGAGGUGGAGGAGGAAGAGGAAGGUGGUAAAGAGGUUCGAGUGGGGGAUCCUGAAGUUCUGCUGGAAGGUCUGGCUCCCGGCACAGAGUAUAGCAUUGCUGUGUAUGCCCUCUUUGGGGAGGAUGUCAGUGAGCCUCAGAGCAUCCGAGUCAAGACCUUGUCCUUGGAACUCCCCAAACACCUGAGCUUCUCUGAGGUCAGCCACAGCUCUGUGCGAGUUCACUGGGAGGCAUCAUCACGGGGGGUGCGCAUGUACCAUGUGUCCUAUGUCUCACUGGAAGGGAACCAAGCUGGGGAGAUAGAUGUCUCCAGGAAUGCCUCUUCUGUCAAACUGACUGCAUUAUCCUCCUCCACCUCAUAUAUUGUCAGUGUCACAUCAAUCCACAAAGAGGGUGAUUCCUCCACACUCACUGGACGAGUGACCACACGAAAAGUUCCAGCCCCAAGCCACUUAAAAGUAACUGAACUGCCAGGGGAUGAUGUCCGGCUGGAGUGGGCUGCUGCAGCAGCCUCUGGUGUGGUGGUUUAUCAGAUCAAAUGGAUGCCCUUAGGUGAAGGAAAAGCCUAUGAGAUUUCUGUCCCAGGGAACCUAGGCACUGCUACUUUGCCUGGUCUAGGGAAGCAUGCAGAAUAUGAGAUCUCCAUCUUAGCCUAUUACAGAGAUGGGGCCCGCAGUGACACAGUGUCCCUCCGAUAUACUCCAAUGAGCAGGAAUCCACCCCUGAACCUUGUGUUAGCCUCAGAGACUCCCAGCAGCCUUCGGAUCCUCUGGACACCCCCUAACGACAACGUUCUGCACUAUAGACUCACCUAUGCCCUGGCCUCUGGCUCUGGCCCUGAGAAAACAAUCAUAGUUCCUGGCCCUGAGAACCACGUGACACUUCCUCUCCUGCUCCCUGGGACCAAGUACAAGGUUAUGGUUUCAGCUGUCUACAGCCUGGGGGAGAGUAAUGUUGUGUCUGCCAUAGGAAGGACUGCGGCUUGUCCAGCUCUCCGUGCCAACAGCUCUCUACCAGGCUUUGACAUGAUGGAAGCUUUUGGCCUGGUGGAGAAGGAGUAUGCAUCCAUCAAAGGGGUCUCAAUGGAGCCCUCUGUCUUCAGUGGAACUCGGACCUAUAUGCUCUUCAGGGAUGUGCAGCUGAUGCGUCGAGCCAGUGAAAUCCAUCCGGCUGCCCUCCCCCCAGAGCACACCAUCAGCUUUCUCCUGCGUGUGCUUCCAGAGACACCCAGGGAGCCCUUUGCGCUGUGGCAGAUCACUGAUGAGACCUUUGAGCCCCUUCUUGGAGUCACCCUUGAUGCUGGGAGAAAGUCCCUGACCUAUUUCAAUCGUGACCACAAGGCUGAGUUGCAAGAAGUCACAUUUGAUUUGCAGGAAGUGAAGAAGAUAUUUUAUGGGAGCUUCCACAAGGUACAUGUGGCAGUCAGUCGCACCAAGGUCAAGCUCUAUGUUGAUUGUCGGAAAGUCACAGAGAGGCUGAUCAAUGAGGCAGGGAGCCCAUCAACUGCAGGAUUUGUCAUGUUGGGGAAACUAACCAAGACCAGAGGUCCCCGUAGUGGUUCGGCAACUUUUCAGCUCCAGACCCUGCAGAUUGUUUGCAGUGAUACCUGGGCUGAGGAGGACAGAUGCUGUGACGUCCCUGCACUGAGAGACGCAGAAACCUGUCCUGCACUGACUUCUGCCUGCACUUGCUCUUCAGAUCAGCCUGGCCCUCCAGGGCCUCCAGGGCCCCCUGGCACCCCAGGGAGGAGAGGCAUCCAGGGGGAGCAAGGGACUCCAGGACCUAGAGGAGAACCAGGUCCACCCGGACAGACUGGACCAGAGGGCCCUGGAGGUCAGCAGGGGUCACCAGGCACUCAGGGUCUCACUGUUCAGGGCCCUGUGGGCCCACCAGGGGUCAAAGGUGAGAAGGGGGACAUUGGACAUCCAGGCUUACAGGGCCAUCCUGGCCACCAAGGACCACCUGGGAGACAUGGCCUCCAGGGUCCAAAGGGGAUGAGGGGAUUUGAAGGUACAGCUGGCUUUCCAGGACCUCCCGGCCCAAGGGGCUUUCAAGGAAUAGCUGGCACCAGAGGCAUCAAUGGGGAGAAGGGCCCCCCUGGAGAUGUGGGACCCACGGGACUCCCUGGGCCCAAAGGAGAACGAGGAGAGAAGGGAGAACCUCAGUCUCUUGCCACCAUUUACCAGUUGGUCAGCCAGGCUUGUGAGCAGUUGAUUCAGACUCAUGUAUUGAAAUUUGAUCCAUUUCUUCAUGAGAACACCAGGCCCCCAGUGCCUGUCUGGGAGGAGGAGUUGAAGUCAGGAGAGCCAGGCUUACCUGGUCUUCCUAGCCUUCCUGGCCAGAAAGGAGACAGAGGAGAGGAUGGAUUCCCUGGAGAGCCUGGGAGAGAGGGCUACCUAGGUGAACUGGAAGUCAAAGGACAGAAGAAGGGUCCUGGUCUAUCAGUGCAAGGGCCUCCUGGACUCUUUGGAAGAACAGGCCCAUCAGGGGAAGAUCUGCUAGAAAAACUGGGAUCUCAGGGUUCUCCAGGACCAGGUGACCCCUCAAAAUUUUCAGGGGUUGUGGGUCAAGCUGGAAAGUCUACCCCCUCAGGGGAUUGUGAACCCUCAGGAUGUCUCCUGGAGAAUCUAAGAGAUGCUGACUUGAUCCCCUGAUCCUGGCAAGGCUGGACCCCAAGCAGGUUCUCAGGGACCCCCAGUUUGGCUCCUGCUUGGCCUGCUUGUUCCAUUCACCUUUGCCCUUCUCAACUGUGUAGGCUAUUCCAGACUAUACAUUUUCCCCCACAGCUGUCUGAUGCAUCUACAUGUAAGGGGUCUUUGAUGGUUUGAUGACAGCUAUUCUGGUGGAAUCUGGAAAGGUUGGGAGAAAAAGUCAUGAGGGAACCUGAAGAUGGAAAUAGGAAUGGAGGGUACAGAGACAGCAAGGAUUUUUCCCCUCUCUUUAUCCCUGGAGUUUGUUUGUUUUUUGUUGUUUUUGGCAGGGCAAUGGGGGUUAAGUGACUUGCCCAGGGUCACACAGCUAGCUAAAUGUCAAGUGUCUGAGGCUGGAUUUGAACUGAGAUCCUCCUGAAUCCAAGGCCAGUGCUUUAUCCACUGUGCCACCUAACUGCCCCAGCCCUGGAGUUUUUAGUAAGGUUCCUGGGUGCUAGUUAUAGGAAAAGAGAAGGGAUCUGAGUGGAGAGAGCACUGCUCCAGAUUCACUUUCUAUGACAACCUUACAACAUUCCUGCAGUUGUAGCCUGUUUCUGUCUGCCCUGGGAUCAGCAUCCCUUAUUCUCAGAGAUUGUCUGUUCUUAGCUUCUGUUGGCUCUGGGCUGGGCAAAAACCCAGCCCCUGUCACUCAGUUGAGUCUAGUUUCAGUUAUUUUUGUUGAAAGGCCUCACUGCUUUGUGCUACCUAUCUUAUGGUUGGUAACAUUCCCGGGAGCCCAUUGACAUGGCUGGCUGGGCAGAGGGAAAUGGAAGGAGUCAGGAUACUUUGGUGAUGGGAGUGUGGGAGACUUUCAUGGUAUGUUAGCACGGCAUAAGGGUUAGGCUGACAGGGCAAGCAUCUUGACAUGUAUAAUUGGCUUAUUUGGAUUAAAUGCUAUAAGAACUGAAGGAACACUCAAUGUGUGAAGGAUUAUGUAUUAAAAACUAUGUGAUUUCAGGUCAUCAAGAAAAUACCUUGAUACUUGACUGCCAGCUAGAGUGCUAUGUGACCACCCAUGGUUCCAUCUCUCUUCCACAGCUACUUUUAUCUGCAAGCUCCUUUCCCCUCUUCCCUCUUGGAA